UUGUAGCAGCAUUCUAUCUCAAACGACGGCUAUUUUUCGCAUCCAAGUGGCUAGAAGCUAGAGAGAGAGAGAGAGAGAGAGGGAGAGAGAUGAGUGUUGAUCAAAAGCAUGGAGAAACGAGUGUUGAGCAAAGAGAUGAGGAAGAAGAAGAAGUGAGUGGUGAUGGAGAGGGUAAAGAGAAAAGAAGAGAGAGGAUUAGGGUUAAGAGCUCCAUAGCUGGUCUCUUUAGAUAUGCAGAGUGGGUUGAUAUAGUGCUCAUGGUUUUGGGCACAGCUGGUGCAAUUGGUGAUGGCAUGUCAACUAACUGCCUCUUGAUCUUUGCAAGCCAAAUAAUGAACAGUUUGGGACGUGGGGAUUCUGAGCAAAGUCAUGGAGGUUUUAUGGAUAGAGUUGAAGAGUGCAGCGUGUAUUUUGUGUACUUGGGCUUGGCGGUCUGGGUGGUGGCAUUUAUGGAAGGUUAUUGUUGGAGUAGGACUAGUGAGAGGCAGGUGAUGCGGAUUCGGUACAAGUACUUGGAAGCCAUUCUCCGGCAAGAAGUUGGAUACUUCGAUUCACAGGAGACCACCGCAUCGGAGAUCAUCGAUAGCCUCUCGAAAGAUACUUCUCUCAUACAAGAAGUUCUCAGUGAGAAAGUACCCACCUUUUUGAUGCACACAUCUGUGUUCAUAUCAGGCAUAGGCUUUUGCACUUACUUCUCAUGGAGAUUGGCAAUUUUGGCUUUCCCUUUUCUCCCUCUCCUAAUCAUUCCUGGUCUAAUAUAUGGGAAAUAUCUUCUAUAUAUGUCCAAUAAAUCCUAUGAAGAAUACAACAAAGCCAGUAGCAUAGUUGAGCAGGCCCUUGGUUCCAUAAGAACAAUUUAUGCAUUCACAGCUGAGAGAACAAUAAUAGACAAGUAUUCCACCAUUUUAGAGAGAACAGUGAAGCUUGGCAUGAAGCAGGGACUAGCAAAAGGCCUGGCGGUCGGGAGCACUGGCAUUUCUUUCGCAAUAUGGGCAUUCUUAGCGUGGUAUGGAAGCAGACUGGCCAUGCAUCGAGGCGAGAGUGGUGGUCGAAUAUGGGCAGCAGGGAUCACAUUUAUUCUUGGUGGAUUAUCUCUAGGAAUUGCUCUCCCAGAAGUAAAACACUUCACAGAAGCCUCAAUUGCAGCAGCAAGAAUCUUCAAAAGGAUAGACCGAGUUCCCGAGAUCGACACCGAAGAAGAAAAAGGAAUAAUGCCUGAAAAGAUCCAAGGAAAUAUUGAAUUUCGAAAAAUUACAUUUGCCUAUCCUUCAAGGCCUGAUUCUAUAUGUCUAAAGAAUUUCGAUCUCUCAGUCCAAGCUGGCCAAAACCUGGCUCUAGUUGGUCGAAGUGGGUGUGGAAAAUCAACCUUAAUUUCAAUCUUGCAAAGGUUUUACGAUGUUUUAGAGGGAGAAGUGAGGAUUGAUGGAGUGUGCAUCAGAGACUUACAGUUGAAAUGGUUAAGGGGAAAUAUGGGUUUGGUGAGCCAAGACCAUGCAUUGUUUGGGACUAGUAUCAGAGAAAAUAUAAUGUUUGGAAAGGCUGAUGCAACCAUGGAGGAAGUAAUUGCUGCAGCCAUGACUGCAAAUGCUCAUGGAUUCAUUAUUCAGCUUCCCGAGGGGUACGAGACAAAGGUUGGGCAUAGAGGAUCUCAGCUAUCAGGAGGCCAAAAGCAACGCAUAGCCAUAGCAAGAGCAAUCAUCAAAAACCCACCCAUCCUCCUCCUGGAUGAAGCCACAAGUGCCCUCGACUCGGAAUCGGAGCAAAUUGUCCAAAAUGCCCUUGAUCAGGCCUCAAUGGGGAGAACAACCCUAACCAUAGCCCACAGGCUCUCCACCAUUAGAAAUGCCCACCAAAUUGCAGUCAUGGAAAAUGGCCACAUCAUUGAGAAAGGUUCUCACAAAGAGCUCAUAAACAAAGAAAACAGCCUCUAUUCUCACUUUCUCUCUCUGCAACAAGCCCAAUUCAACCCUGAUGCUCAAGACCCAAAUGAAAGUUCAAGUUUUCCUGCAAGAAAAAGCAGUGGAAGAAGGCAAAGCUUUCAAAAAUCAAGCCCUUACACCUUUCAUAAGACCCCAUCCUUUAAAACAUCAGCAGAUCUACCUCCCAUGAAGACCCCUUCUUUUUAUAGGCUUGCUUCCAUGCUCAAUAAAUAUGAAUUGAUAAAAUCUCUAAUGGGUAUUGUCUCUGCAACUAUAUUUGGUGCAAUUCAGCCUGUGUAUGCACUCACAAUAGGAGCAAUGAUCUCAGCUUUCUUCACCCAAAGCCAUGAAGAGAUGGAGGGAAGGAUAAAGACUUAUUGUUUCAUAUUCCUUUCUCUUUCUAUAGCCUCUUUUGUGGUGAAUCUAUCCCAACAUUACAAUUUUGGGUGCAUGGGAGAGUCUCUCACUAGAAGGAUUCGCCUUCGAAUGCUCGAUAAGAUCCUCUCGUUUGAGGUCGCAUGGUUCGAUGAAGAUCGGAACUCAGGCCCUGCGAUUUGUGCUCGUCUUGGCUCCGAGGCCUCCGUUAUGAAAACCCUAAUUGCUGAUAGAGUCUCUCUCUUAGUUCAAACUGUUUCAGCAGUCACCAUAUCCAUGGUGAUGGGCCUAGUCAUUGCCUGGAGACUAGCACUGGUUAUCAUAGCAGUUCAACCAUUAACAAUUUCGUGUUUCUAUACCAGGAAGGUCUUGUUAUCCAGGCUCUCAUCAAACUCCAUUAAAGCUCAGAGCGAGAGCUCGAACAUAGCGUCGGAGGCUGUAUCCAACCACAGGAUCAUCACGUCCUUCUCAUGCAAUAAAAUGGUGAUGAGGGUAUUCAAGGAAACCCUAGAAAAACCAAUGAAAGCUAGUGUGAGAAAGUCAUGGAUGGCAGGAAUAGGCAUGGGGACUGCACAGUGCCUAACCUUCAUGUCAUGGGCUUUGGACUUCUGGUAUGGGGGAAAACUCGUAGAGAGAGGAAGUAUAUCAGCUGGUGAUGUGUUCAAGACCUUCUUCAUAUUGGUUAGCACAGGUAAGGUCAUUGCAGAGGCCGGAAGCAUGACAAGUGACCUAGCAAGGGGUGCAACUUCACUCACCUCUGUGUUCCAAAUCCUUGAGAGAGAAACUCUCAUAAAAGGGGAUGGUGGGUUGAAAUUGAAUAGAUUCAAUGGUGAAAUUGAGAUGAGAGAUGUGGAGUUUGCUUAUCCAAGCAGGCCUAGGGUCUUGGUUUUGAAUGGUUUUAGUGUGAGAGUAAAGGGAGGGACAUGGUUAGGGUUAGUUGGGAGGAGUGGGUGUGGGAAGUCUACAGUUGUAGGGUUGGUUCAGAGGUUUUAUGAUGUUCAAAGAGGGGUUAUAAGGGUUGAUGGGGUGGAUGUUAGAGAGAUGGAUUUGAGGUGGUUUAGAGAGAGAGUGGGGAUGGUGGGGCAAGAGGCAGUCAUAUUCUCAGGGAGUAUAAAGGACAAUAUUCAGUUUGGGAAGGCAGGUGCAGGUGCAGGUGCAGGUGCAAGUGCAAGUGAGAGCGAGGUGGUGGAGGCUGCAAAGGCUGCUAGGGCGCACGAAUUCAUAUCGUCACUCAAGGAUGGGUACCUAACUGAGUGUGGGGAGAGAGGAAUUCAACUAUCAGGAGGCCAGAAACAAAGGAUAGGCAUCGCCAGAGCCAUCCUCAGAAAUCCAAGAAUUCUGUUGCUAGACGAGGCCACCAGCGCCCUCGACGCACAAUCGGAGCACACUGUGAACAUCGCACUCGAAACCGUGAUGAAGGGAAAGACAUGCCUGGUCGUGACCCAUCGCCUCAACACCAUUGACAAGGUGGACACCAUUGCCUUUGUAGCAGACGGAAAGGUGGUAGAGCAAGGGACCCCUGCAUAUCUUAAGGCCAAGAAGGGCCAUUUCUCUCAACUCUUAAGCUUUCACACGUCAGAAAUAAUGUAGACUGGUAAUAAGAAUGUGCUUAAGACCUAUGUAAUAUGAUUUAAUAUACCAAUACCUAAAUAAUAGAAUAAGUUUAGUUUGGGCUUUUA